AUGACAGGGCGUGGUGGCUUGAUCUCACCACGCAUGAAUAUCUCGCCAGGUACGGGGCUACUGCAACGACGUCCAUCGGUACCGGGAAGCAGUCCGCACAUGUCCAGCCCAUCGUCAUCGUCGUAUUUAGCCGCCAGCAAAGGACUUCCGCCACCGGUGAAGAAUGUGGAACAGAUGAGCUCCGAUUCGAGCAGUAGCUCAAGCAGUGAUGAGGGUAGUCCUUCCUAA